AUGAGACUUCCACAACGGCAACAAGGAGGCUUUAGAUUCAGCAGCGCAUCAAAUUCUGGAAACAACGGACCUCGCAUCGCGCCACUUACCAAGAACCCCGAUGUCAAAGAGGUCAUCACUGCUGCCAAGGAGAAGGCCGAUGGUGGUGUGACGGCCAAAGGUGAGGAUCAAAGAAGGAGCGCUGAAGUUGAGGGCUGCCACAAGAUGUGUAUUGGCCAUGCUCAGCCUGACACAAGAGCCGCAUCAAUAUACGAGACGCAGUUAUGGUCAGGCGAUUGA